UUUCACUGUAAGGUUAAACCUAUUGCCUUCGGGCAUUUGGUCAAUUUGAAACGAUACAGAGAAGAUUAGCAUGGCCCCUGCACUAAGGAUGACACGCUCAAUCAAAGAGAAGCUACCAGUUUUUUUUUUGACUCUUGAAAGCAUAUUCGAGGUGCGGUGCUUUGGGGAGAAAGGCGUUUGGUGGAGGGUGAGGGUUCGAGUCGGGGACAGACCUCUUCCCUUUUUUUCUUUUCGCGAUUCCAGCACAGUCUUUUUUCGCAGAGUCGGCAGUGUUGGGCUACGGCGUCAACUCUCCUUACUCGGUGACUACGUAGACAACAAUAC